UGGUCCAGUCGCUGGGUCCAGUCAGAGCUGUAGCAGGAGUAACUGGUAUUUGGUCGGACAAGAGGGAUCAGUAAGACCAGGCUCUCCGUGACGGUUUGAUUCAGAAGGAGUUUAAUUGAUAAGAUCCCUGAUGUUGAGGAAUGUAAAUGUCUGAAGACAAGGAAGCACAGGAGGAUGAGCUGCUUGCUUUAGCAAGUAUCUACGAUGAGGAGGAGUUCCACCAGGCGGAGUCUGCACAGGGGGGGGAAAUCCAACUCUGUCUAGAGCUCCCUCCUGAUUUCAAAGUUAUUUUCAAAGGAGAGAAGCAAACCGAACAUAAUGUCUGCUUCUUACCUCCUUUGGUGCUCAACUUUGAGCUUCCUGCAUUCUAUCCAUCCACGUCCUCGCCGGUCUUCACCCUCAGCUCUAAAUGGAUGACCAGAGCACAGAUGAGCGCUCUGUGCAGACGCCUGGAUGAGCUGUGGGAGGAGAACGAAGGCUGUGUGAUUCUUUUCACAUGGAUCCAGUUCCUCAAAGAAGAGGCUCUGGACUUCCUGGGCAUCCAGACUCCUCUUGAAUUCAUCAAGGGAGGAAGUAAGGCAUGUAGUGAGCGCAGGAAGAAUGACCAAGCAGCUACAGCUCUAACGCAAGGUGGCAGUCUUUCUGAAAACGCUGAAGAGAAGAAAAGAGAAGUGAAGAAGGAAAAGUGUGAAGCACAGUUGUUCCUGUCUUCUCACCUGGACCCGCGGGCCGUUCUGUCGAUGGACCCGCGUGCCGACCUCCUACCUCAGCUCCUGGACUUUGACGAGGAGCAGCGCCAGAGGGUGUUUGACAGCAAGGUGUUCGGCUGUGGAAUCUGCUUUGUAGAGAAGAUGGGCUCACACUGCAUCUGCUUUAAAGAGUGCCAACAUGUCUACUGCAAGUCCUGCAUGACCGAAUACUUCCAGAUCCAAAUACGGGACGGCAACGUUCAGUGCCUUAACUGCCCUGAGCCCAAAUGUACCUCCAUAGCAACACCGUCGCAGGUGAAGCAGCUGGUGGAUGAAGAGCUGUUUGCCCGGUAUGACCGCUUACUGCUGCAGUCCAGCCUGGACCUCAUGGCCGACGUGGUGUACUGUCCCCGUCAGUCCUGCGGCACGGCGGUCAUGGUGGAGCCAGACUCAACCAUGGCCAUUUGCUCAGCCUGCCAGUAUGCCUUUUGUACACUGUGCAAGAUGGGCUAUCAUGGUCUCUCCCACUGUAAACUCCCUGCAGAUGAAUUGCGUAACCUCAGAGAUGAAUACCUGUCAGCCACACCUGCGGGGCAGAAGUUCAUGGAGCAGCGCUUUGGGAAGAGGGUGAUCCAGAAAGCAGUGGAAGAGUCCUUUAGCAGAGACUGGCUCAAUGAGAACUGCAAAGGCUGCCCUCGCUGUGGAACCAACAUACAGAAAGAUGAUGGCUGUAAUAAGAUGACCUGUACCUCGUGUAGACAAUACUUCUGUUGGCUGUGUCUGGGCAUCCUCAGCAAAGUCAACCCUUACAGCCACUUUAACAACCCAAAUUCACCCUGUUACAACCAACUCUUCCAAGGUGUGGAUCUUGAAGAAGAAGAUGCCUUCUGGAGUGAUGAAGAGGACUGACACCUGGGCAGUGUCUGAAUGCUCCAUCUGAAUGCACUUUAUCUCACAUCACUUCACCUGUGACACGUACCAUGCCUGCAAAAGCACAGGAGUGCCACUUCAACCAUAUACAUGUACCAUCAUGGUUUAUGUUUGGAAUAUAAUAACGCAUCUUGAGUAGAAAACAAGUUGUUUAUAUUUACUUUAUAUAUGACAGAUGACAUGUAUAUAAAGUAUUUGUUCAGAGAGGAUUAUAAAUAAAAGCAGUUAUAAUUAUACACAUUCUUAAAUAUUCAUGAACAUCAAGACUAUAGUAGAUAUUUUAGAUAUGACAAUGUCAUAGGACCUAACUGUUAUUUCAAGCUCAAAGAUCAUCCGUGUCUCUCCGCUUGGGUUUUUUCAUGAGCUUUGACAUCUCACAGGCUUGCAAUCAUCAACAGGUGAUACUGCAACCACUGACUGCGUUUGGUAAAUCCAACGUGGCUGCCUCUAUUUGCCCAAUAACUGCGUGUUCUAGGGAAAUGGAGGACUGCAUUCGCCCCUUUUUGUCAUGAUAAGUAUCCUGCUUGUUAUAUUAAAUAUCGAACUUCUUUCUGGCUUUAUGUCAAGUGUCACAACUAUGCCACCAACUAACAACUUUUCAACAACGCUCAAGGUGGAUAAUUGCAUGAUCUUCAUAUUCACGAACAUAGGGAAAGCAAUGGAGGCACACUUGGAAAUACUUCGCCCAGAUAUUAUCAUCUAGACAUUUUUGUAUCUAUUGCCAAAAUGUGAUAUUUGUUCCACUCUGAAUUUUUUUUUCUAAUUUGUUUUCCUUGAGAUGAGUUAUUUUACUAAAGCACACCUUUGCACGUCAUGUGAUACAAAUCAGGCAGGUUGAAAGGUUGAAUUUUAUGGGAGUGGUUGAGGGUAAGAAGUUGAAGUCAAAUGUAUUUUUCGAAACAAAAUGAAAUAAUGAAGGACACUACAGAUUAUAUCUAUGGCAGUCAAUCCUCUGGGGGGGUUACCGUGAUCACAGUGUGUGUCGAGUUAUUCAGGGACGGAGCUGUGAGAAAAGAAAUCCUCACUUGGUAAACAGCCAAAACAUUCAGCAAUGAUAUUUGAUUUAUUUACAUCCUCCUUUGUACAACUGUUCUUUAAUGUUGCCAACGUUUAGUGUCAAAGAGAGGCCAUAUAAUAAUGAUACUAUCUAGAUAUACAAAAACACGUUGUAUAAUGUUAAUUUAUUUUCUUUUGUUUACAUUUGACAUGAAGGCUGACUAUCAUGGAAUACAUUCUGUUUGAAUUUGAGAUCUGCAUGAAAUCUGUUCUUACUACAAUUGAAUGAUUUGCUCUUCACUUCUUCCAAAAGACUACUUUCAGAGUUUAUGCCGGUGGGACUGAUAAAAAGACAAUCUUUUGAUGAGUCUAGGAACGCACAUGGAUCCAUCUCCCCUUAAGUGCAGAUCAAAUGUCACUGAAUGUCUAAUUUAGUAAACAUUUGAAUACAGUACCUGCAGAAUCUUGUUAAAAUGAAUAUGCGUAAUGUUCAUUAAAACAAAAGUAAAAAAUGCA